UUAAGAUGCGGCGACACAGUCGCAGGCUUACCGGGGACAAUCGAUCGAUAUUUCAACACUUUCUUUGCUGCUGGUUAAGCCAAAUAAUUGUCUUUUAGUGUAUGGUAUAAAACGACUCGUAUAAAUCGGAAUGGAUCACAAAUCAGAGAUGGGGGCUUACGGUGAAAAUUCUAAUGUCCAAAACAGCGGGAAUUAUAUUACUAUAAUUCCCGUGGAUUAUUCUAGGCGUGGAUAUCCUAUUCAAGCUGAAUAUCAGUACAACGAAUUUAGGUCCCGCGAGGAAUAUUACAGCGUCCAAAGUCAGAAGCUCCAGGCGGAGGUGAACGCGCAUUUGUAUUCUGUCUCGCAAAGACUUCCUCAUCUGUCGUACAGCCCGUUGGGACGACACAAUGAGUGGGACAAACACGAUACCCACAAACCUCUCCAGCCAGAUUCUAAGGAGAGCAACAGCUCGGAUUCACUGGAAAAGAGUGUUAUGGGGUCAAACCUCAGCAGCUGCUCCAAUCAAACCGGGUCGAGCAGCAUUGCCGCGGGGUCUUUCAGCACUACGGAGCCGAUGACGAGUGGCGGUAGUUCCUCGAGCGCAAUUUCUCCUCCAUUACCAGGGUCGUCAUCAUCAUCGUCCUCGGUAUCAUCAAGCCAGUCGACCUGCAUCUACUUGAUGUCUCGCACCGCGGUAAUGGUGGAGAUGAGUGCGGACGAAGUGCCGACCAGCGUAACCGCCUCGCGAUUCUUGAACGCGGUGCUGUCCGCUGAUGAAAUGGGCCUCGUGCAGCCCAGCACCAGGAGCCUGGCUGCUAACGUGUUCGCACUGUGGAUGUGCAGCCCAAUGCUGGAGAUCCAGUUGAAGCCGCAUCACUGUCCGUGGCGCGUGUGGGCGAGCUGGCAGAUGCUGCUGCGGCGCUACGGGCACGGCCCCCGCUCCAAACGCUCACGUGACGUUCCCAUCCUGCGCAUGCAGAGAAACGUCUUCUUCCCUAAGCACUUGGAGGAAGGCAUCAAGGACUCCAAGAUCCAGGAACUGCUUUACGAGGAAGCGCGCUACAACGUGGUGAACGGGCGCUACCCGCUGGAGAGUGCGCAGGCCGUGAUGCUGGGCGGCAUCCAGGCUAGGGUCCAGCUCGGACCGUACGAUCCUCACAGCCACACCGCUAAGUUCUUUAGAGAGAACCUGGACAAGUUCCUGCCGCGCCACGCGCGUUCGGGGCGCUGGGCGGCGCUGCUGCCGGCGGGCCGCAAGGGCAGCCCCGAGGCCAAGCUGCUGGAGCAGGCGCAGCGCCCCGCCGCCUCGCCGCCGCGCAAGCUGCGCCACAAGUACCUCGCGCACGUGCGCAUGCUGCCCACUUACGGCGCGGCGUUCUUCCAAGGCCAGGUGGAGAUGCCGGUGCGCAGCCUGACCAGCCUGCUGACGUACGAGGACGUGCCCGUGCUCGUCGCCAUCAACUCCACCGGCGUCUACGUCAUUGAAGACACCGAGAGCACGCUUCUCCUCGGGCUCACGUACGAGGAGUUGUACUGGGACAUCGGGCUGCCAUCGGAGGAGACCGACGAGUGCCUGCCCUGCCUCUUCCUGCAGUUCAUGGUCGUAGAGAAUGGACUGCGGGUCUCCAAAAUACUACAGCAGGUAUUCUCCAGACAAACGUUGUUGAUGGACACGCUGAUAGAGUACUUCGCGAGCGAGUACCGCAAGCGCCUCUGUUUCGAGAUUCCCGCCGACCGCGACCACGCCAACUACGACUACCAUACUACAUCAGAGUCGGGCAGUAUCUCGCUGCCGCCCCUGUCGCGGCCGGACUCGCCGCAGCGGCGGCUGGCCAACAAGCUGUCGCGGCUGUCGCUGGCCACGCACGACGACCGCGGACACCUGCUGGGCGGCGCCGGCGACUGGAAUGACCUCGACCGCACGCAGCCCUCCUGGAUACUGCCUAAACACUAGUAGCUCUUAGUGGCUUUUUACGACUCGUUCUAUUGUUAUAAAAAAAAAACUAGCCCAUAGAUUAAAUACUUAACACCUGUUAACGAAUUCGAUACGUUUUUCGCUUUAUAACGUCACAAUAUUAA